UAAUUCAUACAUAAUUUAUUUCUGUUCAUAUCCUCAUCUUCUUUCCGUCGCAUUGCAGUCUUGAUGUUUUAGUCUACAUUCAACUAUAUACUUGGAAGUACGUACAUGAUUGUCAUCUUGGCCCUUUUUGACCCUUGGCGCGCUUCCAUUGUUCUCGGAAGGCAUAACGACGAUAUCGAGGCUGAGUCUAUUGUGCCGACCCGAGCCUAGCUUUUUGGCUUCGUCACCCACUACUGCCACUUCCUUCUUUUUCAUACAUUGCCCACUUAGGUCAGCUGCGACUUGUCUUGGAAGUCACUUAUUUAGAAUUCUAGCUUUCUACCUUCUCUUACUUGGAAUCUUUUAUAUCUUGUCCAUCUUGACUAAGCUUUGUACACUACAUUACAUCAUAUCACCUACAAAUUAUCACCUACAACCGACAGAUGAGCCAGGACGUUGGAAUACUUGGCGCAACUUUUGCAAAAUGCUCGACGAGAACUUACCAACUUUCUUCUUCAGACCCUCUAAUAAUCCGCUAUGUAGGAUCUUAUACUUCUCUCAAAAUGGCUCCGAGCCGGCACCUGAAUACUCACUCCAGAAAAUAAACCCGGACCUUCCCCAGUCUAGGAAUAAGUACGCUGUGGCCUUGGGAGACGCGAGCUUUCAGGAUGUCAUCUUGGCAGAGGUCCUGAUCGAGCCCGAGUUUCAGCAGCCUACUCUGUCCGCUGCCGAAAUCAGACAACAGAAUGGUGUUCCACCCCCACCUGUACCUUUGAUCCCUGACGGAUUCGCCAUACAACUCUACAACCCAGAGCAGCAGGUUAUGGUAAAGGGUGAGAAGAGCACCUGGACCGGGAAGGAGUCGUGGGAGUUUGAAAUGCCUCAGCAGAGCUUCCGCAUGCCCUCGGUGUCCAAAGUUGAUCGCCAGCAGAAUGACCCGGUCGCAAGCAGUCUCACACCCAAAAUAAUGUUUAGGUGGAAGAGAGAUAGUAAGUUCUCUAAGGACAUGACAUGCUACAUGACAGGCACAUCAGUCGGUGGCAAGAAGAGCAAAGACCCGGAUAUCACAAUAGCGUUAUACAAGAACGGGAGGGAACCCAGCGUCACCAUUUACGAGCCGAAUCUUCAGAGGGUGGACAUAGAGGAUCGCAAAGGCCUCGAAGUCGUAUUGCUGCUCGGCGCUGAGGUCAUUCGCGAGAUAUACUUAUUCCCCAACCGGGACUCAUUCAAUAUUGCAGGCUCAGCAAAUAGGCGCAAGAACUCGCGGCCCAGUCCAACCUCAUCCACAUCACCACGUCUCAUGACCGGCGCAUUCGGCAACCUCCCUCCCGCAAAGACCACCUCCCCCGUCACCCAACAGCCCACACCUCCUGCAGAAUCUAGCAUCGACGUCGAGACCAAGCGUCUGCAGGCCUUAGUCCAGCAAGAACAGCGUGAGCGCGAGAAGCGGGACCGCGCGGAGCAGAAGCGCAUCAAGAGGAUGCUCGAGGAAGAGGAAAAAGAGCGUCAGCGCCGCGAUGCUGAAGUUGCCAAGGAGACGGAGAGGCUGCGGAAGGAGUUCGGUAUAGAAGGCCAAGACUUCGGCCCGAAACCAAAUUUACCGCCCCGACAAACCGUCGCUGGGCCCAGCCGCACGCAGCUACAACCACCGGUCCCACCGCCGCGGCCCGUGAGCGCGGGACCCAAACCACAUUCGCAUGGAGGAGGGUUCGGCAGCUGGUUCCAUGCUGUGGGACCUACGCCUGGUGCUCCUAUGCCGCAGGCUUUGGGAUAUGGGUACGGGUACGGGUACGGGCAGCAGUUGCAGCCGAAUUCGGGGCGGAGAAGAGGCGGAAGCGCGGAUAGUGGGACUGGGAGCGGGAGUGGGAAGAUGUUGAAGAAGAAGAGUACGUUGUUCUGAGGAGUGUGUAAAUAAAACUGGAUUUGGGACUUGGGACUUGGGACUUGGGACGGGUAUUAGGUGGUAUUAUGUAAAUUUAAAUUUGAACAGGCUGGAUCUGGGUCUGAGGAGGUUAGGACUGGGAAGGAAGGCGAGUGCGUAGGUAUAAGGAAUACGUGAUUUGAAUGAUACCCAUGAUAAGUUUAGGUUAUUUUAUGUC